ACUCUUGCUAACUUGACAGCCACGUCACCUCCUCCGUGAGCCUCCGUUUGGGACCGCUAUGCAGGAAUAGAUGAGUUUAUGCGUGAAUUUCUGCAGAAGUUUCAUUCGUUUGAAGGCGCACCCCUAGCUACUCCCAGCAGCUACAUCCGUUUCGCGAUGCCGUUGAGUUUUGGUGCAUUGUAGAAACCUCAAACAAACUAAGCUCCAGCUCGUUCGUUCGUUGUUUGGCUUUUUUAUUUCCUUGGCUGGUCAAGAAUUGGGAAGUCUGUGAAGAAGGCCCGUGGAGGUUGUUUUUUUUAAGUUAAUUUAUUUUUGAGACGAAAUACAUAAAACAGCAGCAUGAAUGUUUUUCGUCUUGCGGGUGACGUGUCCCAUUUGGUGGCUAUUAUCAUCCUGUUACUGAAGAUAUGGAGGUCCAGGUCCUGCGCUGGUAUCUCUGGGAAGUCACAGGUGCUGUUUGCCAUUGUAUUUACCACCCGAUAUCUUGAUCUGUUUACGAUCUUCAUUUCCCCCUACAAUACAAUCAUGAAGGUGGUGUUUCUGGCUUUGUCCUAUGCCACAGUCUACCUGAUUUAUGUGCGCUUCAAGAACACCUUCAAUUCAGAGAACGACUCUUUCCGGCUGGAGUUCCUGUUGGUGCCAGUCAUCGGGCUGUCCUUCCUGGAGAAUUACGCUUUCACCCCGCUUGAGAUCUUGUGGACCUUCUCCAUCUUCCUGGAGUCAGUCGCCAUAAUGCCACAGCUCUUUAUGAUCACUAAGACCGGAGAGGCGGAGUCUAUCACCACACACUAUCUGUUCUUCCUGGGCCUCUAUAGAGCGCUCUACAUAGCUAACUGGGUGUGGCGUUACCACACCGAGGGCUUCUUUGACCAGAUCGCUGUGGUGUCCGGCGUGGUGCAGACCAUUUUCUACAUCGACUUCUUCUAUCUUUAUGUCACAAAGGUGCUCCGAGGAAGAGGAAAGAUGACGCUGCCGAUGCCAGUUUAAGCCCCUCGUCUGUAUCGUAGCCCCACCUGUGCCUGCCUCCGUUCAGGACCUGAGCUCUUUAGAACUCACAAACGGACUGAAGAUCACUCAUUCGGAUCGGUACUGAAUGUGAGGCGUUAACAGCGUUUACUCUAAGUUCCGUGUGCAUUUUUAAUUUGUUCAUCAGACGUAAUUGCAAACAUGUCACACAUGCACAAAAAGUAACUGCGUGGAAAAUGUGUUUCUGUGGCUCCAUGGGAGGACUUUAAAUUGGUUUUUAUUGACAGCUUUGAACUGUACAAACCCACCUGAAGUCAGCUUCUGAGUUCUGCACUCCGGUCCAUCGCUCAAAUCCACUGUUUUCCCUUAAAAAAAGGGAUCAGGGUGCAUCUCUCAGAGGUUACUGCCUCACAAUCCUAACAAAUAUUACACUUUGGGAACAUGUCUUCUCAUCAUUUUCUAUCAUCCCCCAAAAAACAAGUGUAUUGGAUGCAAUAACUUCUGUCCUUUUUGCCAAGUGUUUGUAUUUUUUCAUCUUCUUUUGUGUUGUUUGUGGGAUUAAAGAAAAGGGCUAAAUAUC